GAAUUUAAGUUGGAUUUAAGCAGAAAAAAAAGAAAUGCGCUUUUAUUAAUUUGCUCGUCUCGUCUCUGUGCCGUGGACUUUAGUUUUCAUUGAUUUUUAGAUCCACCGAAGGUGCAGCAAAUGCAACGUAGAUCUUCUCUGCAAUUUCCUCUGAGUUUGUGCGAACGAAAGGGAUAAAAGAGCUUCAAGAAAAGACCCAAUAAUGGCGAAACUCAUAUAAUUGCGCCAAUCCAUACAAUCAUCAACGAUGGCCGAAAAAGAGAGAGCUUCAAAAACGGCAGCUCCUCCUCGCCCAACGAUUGCUCUCCCGCCGCGCUCCUCUGUCGAGAGUCUCUUCACAGGUGGAGCUGGCGCCAGCCCCGGUCCGAUGACACUUGUCUCUAACUUCUUCUCUGAUAACGAUCCCGAGUCGGACUGUCGGUCUUUUUCGCAGCUCCUAGCUGGGGCCAUGGCCUCGCCGGUUGGGGUUGCCGGUAUAAGACCCAACUUUUUGACGGACAAUUCAACCGACAAUUCUUUCAAGGAAAACGGUUCAGGGGAUGGAUGUGAAAAGGAUGUCCGGCUUAAGCCGCACCAUCCGUUGAAUUUGGUGAUUGCCCACUCGCCCAUGUUUACGAUUCCGCCUGGUUUAAGCCCUGCUUGCUUGCUUGAUUCACCGGGACUCUUUUCGCCUGUUCAGGGCUCCUUUGGAAUGUCCCACCAACAAGCUCUAGCACAAGUCACAGCACAGGCUGCCCAAUCCCAAUCGCAUAUGUACAUUCAUGGUGAAUAUGCAUCUUCAGUGCCAGCACCUCUUCCAGCUUUGCCGUCAAACAGCAUGUCCUUUGGUUCCAAUGCAACUUCAAGUCAAAAUAUGCCACUGUCAACAUCUGACCCUAAAGGUAACAUAGUGGAAUCAUCAGAAAUAUCCAACUCUGAACAGAGAUUGCAACCUUCCAGUAUUGCGGUUGAUAAGCCUUCUGAUGAUGGCUACAACUGGCGUAAAUAUGGUCAGAAGAAGGUGAAAGGAAGCGAAUUUCCUCGAAGCUACUACAAAUGCACCCACCAUAAUUGUUCUGUCAAGAAAAAGGUUGAGUGUUCUCUUGACGGUCAGGUAACUGAGAUUAUCUAUAAGGGCCAGCACAACCAUCAUCCACCUCAACCCAAUAAGCGUGCAAAAGAAGGUGGAAAUCCAAAUGCAAUCUUAAAUGCGCAAGGGAAUCAAGAAUUCGGUUCACAGGUUCAGUCUGGAAAUUCAAACAGGCCAAAUGAUAAUGUUAUCUCCUCAAUCUAUAGGAAGGAUCAGGACUCCAGCCAAGUGACCCCUGAGCAAUUAUCUGGCUCAAGUGAUGGGGAGGAAACGGGUGAUGCUGAAACAAAAGUAGAUAAAGGGGAUGAUGAUGAACCUGAUCCAAAGAGAAGGCACACAGAAGUUAGGGUUUCUGAAGUAGCUUCUUCACACAGGACAGUCACAGAACCUAGGAUCAUUGUGCAGACAACAAGUGAAGUAGAUCUUUUGGAUGAUGGCUAUAGGUGGCGCAAAUAUGGACAGAAAGUGGUCAAGGGGAACCCUCACCCAAGGAGCUAUUAUAAAUGCACCAAUGCUGGAUGUAAUGUUCGCAAGCAUGUGGAAAGAGCUUCUACAGACCCCAAAGCUGUCAUUACAACAUAUGAGGGGAAGCACAAUCAUGAUGUACCAACAGCUAAGAACAGCAGCCAUAACACAGCCAACAGUAAUAUGCCACAGCCAAAACCUCUCAAUGCUGUAGCUGAAAAGCACUUAUUACUUAAAAAUGCAGAUCCUAGGAAUCAAGAUCAACAACCUAUAGCGCUUUUACGGUUAAAAGAAGAGAAAAUCACUUAGUAUCUCUUUGUUCUUGACAUAAAUGGCUUGUCACAAAAGUUUGCAGCCGACUACACACAAGCUGUAAUAUUUUUUGUUGGAAUCUGAGCUUCAUAAACUCGAGGCCACAGGUUCUGUCAACUCCUGUGUCAACCAAAGGGCAAGAGAAAGAAGGAAACAAAAAGCAAGAAGAGAAGGGAAAGAAAUCACUGUAAGGUGGUUGAAUAAACCUUUGGGAGUUGGGGCUCUAGUUAACUGGAACAUGUGAUUGAUUGGGUCAUAUUAUUGUAUUUUAUAACCUCAUGUGUUUCCAGAAAUCAAUUGCAGUUGUGUUCUUUUGUUCAUCAGAAUCCAGAGGUGCUUUUUAACUGGGUGUUUCAUAUCUCAUGUGAAAAUGAACAUCUGAUAUGAUACAUGUUAUUUCUUGUUGUCAA